UGUCCAUUGUUUCAGACAGUCAUGCAAAUGUAUGAAAUCGCUUUGAUAAUGAGUUUCCUUUUUCAAAACGCGAAGUUUACUGUUGGAAAAUAUCAGACGUGUAAGGAAUCCUUCAGAGUAGAUAAAAAUAAGGAAAUAAGAUCAAUGGAUCUCAAGGUUAUAGGGAGUAUGUCUAAAAGUCAAUGUGCAGCAUUCUGUAUGAAAAACAGUGAUAACUGCUGUGAGAUUACUUAUGUAACAUUGAGUGGAGAGUGUAAAGUGGAACCCUCUGGUUGCUGUCAUACGGAAUUUAACAACGUUUCUGGUUCAAACCUUCUACACACUAGUCGUAAAUUUAGCGACUAUAUUUAUACAUUGUCUGUUACAAAUGGUGGAGUUUUUGGGGAUUGGACAUACCAAGAAUUUUGUACGAAAGGUCAUUAUGCCAUUGGUUACAAAAUGAGAAUUGAAGGGCCACAUGCAGAUAGUUCAGAACUUAAUGCUAUCGAAAUGAUCUGUGGAAGUAGAGGGGGUGUUCGUUGUGGUGACACCGCAAGUUCUGGUCAGCAGAAAUGGGGAGAUUGGACAGAGGAAGCACUUUGUCCAGCAAGAACAUUGCUUGUCGCAUUCUCUCUACAAGUGCAUCAAUACAAUGUGGUCGAAAGUGAUAAUACAGGUGCCAAUUACGUCAAAUUUAAAUGCAGAUAUUUUAAAGAUGAUGUAAGUGACUUCGACCUGAGCUAUCCUCCUGGGUAUGGAAUUUAUGGUACUUAUGGUGAAUGGAGUGACGCCUGUCCAGUUAACAGUGCAAUAUGUGGUAUACAAACCAAAAUCCAUCCAGUUCAAGGAGGAGGAGCCGACGAUACCGCACUUAAUGAUGUUAAAUUCUUUUGUUGUGAAUAAAGCGCUACCGUCACCAUAGCAACAUGUAC